AUGACCAAGAGUGGAGAAAACUGCAAUACCCUCCCAAAUCUCAAUUUUGAGACCCAUCAUGGUGGUGAAGCCGGAACCGUUGACGAUUCUGAUUCAAAAGUGAAAGUGUAUAAGCCAUGCACUUCUCGGUACACGGAUUACACUCCUUGCCAGGAUCAAAGGCGUGCUAUGACGUUUCCGAGGGACAAUAUGUACUACCGUGAGAGACAUUGCCCCCGUCAAGAAGAGAAGUUGCAUUGCCUUAUUCCAGCACCUAAAGGUUAUGUUACCCCAUUUCCAUGGCCUAAGAGUCGUGAUUAUGUUCCCUAUGCCAAUGCACCAUAUAAGAGCUUGACAGUAGAGAAGGCUAUUCAGAACUGGAUUCAGUAUGAGGGAAAUGUGUUCAGGUUCCCUGGUGGAGGAACACAAUUUCCUCAAGGGGCUGAUAAAUACAUUGACCAGCUUGGUUCGGUAAUACCAAUUGAAAAUGGAAUUGUUCGAACUGCAUUGGACACCGGUUGCGGGGUUGCAAGUUGGGGUGCAUAUCUUUGGAAGAGGAAUGUUAUAGCAAUGUCGUUUGCGCCAAGAGAUUCCCAUGAAGCCCAGGUUCAAUUUGCUCUUGAAAGGGGAGUACCUGCUGUUAUUGGUGUUCUUGGAACUGUAAAGAUGCCAUACCCAUCUAGAGCUUUUGAUAUGUCGCACUGUUCUCGGUGUCUAAUUCCUUGGGGAGCAAAUGAUGGAAUAUACAUGAAGGAAGUUGAUCGGGUUCUUAGACCUGGUGGCUACUGGGUCCUUUCAGGCCCUCCCAUCAAUUGGAAGACCAACUACAGAGCAUGGCAACGUCCUGAGGAGGAACUUCAGGAAGAACAAAGGAAGAUCGAAGAGAUUGCUAAACUUCUCUGCUGGGACAAGAAGUCUGAGAAGGGUGAAAUUGCAAUAUGGCAGAAGAGAGUGGAUGCUGAUUCUUGUCGUUCUGCUCAAGAAAAUUCUGGAGCUACAUUUUGUAAAGCUGAAGACCCUGAUGAUGUCUGGUACAAGAAAAUGGAGCCGUGUGUUACUCCAUAUAGCAAUUCCAACAGAGAUGAAGAUUCUAGUGUGGAUGUCAAGCCAUUCCCUGAGAGGCUAUAUGCCGUUCCCCCUAGAAUUGCUAGUGGGUCCGUAUCUGGAGUCUCUGUUGAGGAAUAUCUGGAGGACAACAAGAAAUGGAAAAGGCAUGUGAAUGCAUAUAAAAAGAUCAACAAAAUCAUUGACACGGGAAGGUACCGCAACAUUAUGGAUAUGAAUGCUGGAUUGGGAGGAUUUGCUGCUGCCCUGCAAUCUCCCAAACUGUGGGUUAUGAACGUUAUGCCCACCAUCGCAGAGAAGAAUACCCUGGGUGUUAUAUAUGAAAGGGGACUUAUUGGUAUUUAUCAUGACUGGUGUGAAGCGUUCUCUACAUAUCCAAGGACGUACGACCUCAUCCAUGCUAAUGGUGUUUUUAGCUUGUACAAAAAUAAGUGUAACUUUGAAGAUAUUCUUCUGGAGAUGGACCGUAUACUGCGGCCAGAAGGUGCAAUUAUCUUCCGAGAUGAAGUGGAUGUGCUUAUCAAGGUGAAGAAGAUUAUAGGAGGUAUGAGAUAUGACUCAAAGUUGGUAGAUCACGAGGACGGUCCUCUUGUUCCAGAGAAAAUACUUGUUGCAGUUAAACAGUAUUGGGUGGGCAACUCGACUUCAGUGCAGUGA